AUGGAGUCAUGGAAAAAAAUCUCUAUUCUUCUUUGUAUUUUUGGAGUAAUAAAGGAAUUCCGACCAGCAGAACCUUAUGUCACAAAAAUGUUGAACAACCCGCCAUUCAAUUUUACUUUAGACCAAAUUGGUGAACAAAUAUAUCCUGUUUCUAUAUAUACUGCCAUGGUAUCAUUAGUAUUGGUUUUUUUAUUGACUGAUUUUUUAAGAUACAAACCAAUCAUUAUAUCUGGCAGCAUUUGUGCUAUCAUGGUUUAUGUUUUACUAAUUUUUGCACGCUCAAUGUUUUGGAUGCAGGUUUUGGAAGUUUUUUAUGGCCUUUUUAUGGCUGCUGAAGUUGCCUAUUAUACGUACAUUUAUGCAAAAGUUGAUAAAUGCCAUUAUCAAGCAGUAUCGGGACACACUAGAUCUGCUUAUCUUGUCGGCCGUACGGUGUCAGGUGUUGUUUCGCAGCUUUAUAUUUAUCUACUUCCGACUGAUUAUUAUUCCCUGAAUUAUUUUACACUUGCAGGAAUGAUAUUAGCUACAAUUUGGGCUUUAUUUUUACCUUCUGUUGAACAUUCAGUAUAUUUUAAUCGUAAUGUUCCAAACAGUUCGAGUACUGAUAAUUUAGAAGAUGAAUCAAACACUGUCUGUACCUCUGUUUUAAAGCAGCUAAAGAAGUCAAAUUUUAAAAGAAGUAUCUCUUUCCUAAAAAAUGAUUUUUAUUGUGCAGUUUCGAAUCUGUACACACUAAAAUGGAUGUUUUGGUUGGCAUUAGCGACUGGUGGUUAUUAUCAGAUAUUGUCGUAUGUUCAAGUUUUAUGGGAGCAAAUACUUAGUGAAGGCAAUUCAACUAUUGUAAGGAGUGAAACUUUGAAUAAUUUUAAUGGAGGUGUAGAAACUAUGUAUACUUUGCUAAGUGCUGGCUCUGCAUAUGGAUGUGGAAUGGUUUCUAUUCAGUGGAGUCAAUAUGGAGAAUUGGCACUUUUCCUUUGUUCGACAAUUAUUGCAGCACUUUUGUACAUUAUGUCUCAAACUGCUCAAAUUAUUUUUGCUUUUGGAUUGUAUAUCUUGUAUGCUGUAAUCUAUAAUGGAAUGAUUACAAUAGUCAAUUCUGAAAUCGCCCAAAAUGUGAAUCCAGACAGUCAUGGUUUAAUUUUUGGUUUUACGACAUUUCUUGCAUUGGUGUUUCAAAGUAUUUUAACCACUUUUGUCAGUUCUGGAUUAUUAACAAAUAAUGAGAGAUUAAAGUUUGUUAUCUAUGGUUGCUACUUCGCAUUUCUUGGUCUUGUAUUUGCUGUCGUAACAGCUGUUAAGCUGUUGAGAUCUAUGUUGUGUAAUGUAGUACCAACAAGUUCAGAAAUUUAG